UCUCUCUCUCUCUCUCUCGAUCAUGGCUCCCACACCUUGUUAAACCUAAUGAACUUCACAGGCUUAGCCCAUUCCUCCUCUGCGACUCCCCAUUGCCGGAAACCCAACCUUCCGAGCUUGGCCUUAUAUUCCCAGCGCCGCAAGUACUACGUACCUCCGCAAACUCCUCGUUCGCAGUGGAAGUUAUUCAAUGACGGCAAGCUUGCCUUCGUUUCCUCCGGAGGAGGGCAUUACUGGCGAUCGAGAGUCGAGGUAUCAGCGAGAAAGCUCUCCGCUGGGCUCUGGAAAUUGUGGUUUGCCGAGGUCUCAUUUGGUACCGGUGGUUUAGUAUGUGGACCGUCUGAUAUGGUUGAGUCUCAGCUUGAAUCGACUUUGCUGAAUCACAAAUCCUCAAUGGAGAGGGGAGCAAAGCGGGAUCCUAGGUGUUCAGGAGUGUCUAAUGAGGUCUACCAGUUUUAUGGCCAUACGAAGCUCUCUGAAGAUCAAUCAGAUGCUUGUCGCUUUGCUGCUUCCGCUUUGCAGGCAGAACUAGUGCGUGCUAGUUCCAGAAUUCGCGAGCUUGAAGCUGAGAAGCGGUCCUCCAAGAAAAAGGUUGGGCACUUGCUGAGGAAGCUGGAGGAGGAAAGGAUUUCCUGGCAGAGCAGAGGACGCACGAGAAACCGUACGGUUGUUGAUGGUUUAAAGGAUGAAUUAGUGAGGCACAGGAAAAGUUAUCAGAUGAUGGAAAUUCUGAAUGCCAAAUUGGUCAAUGAGGUAGCCAAUGCCAAGUUAUCUGCAAAGCAAAUCGUGCAAAAGUACGAGGAAGAGAAAAGGGUCAGAGAACUAACGGUGGAAGUAUGUAAUGAACUAGUGAAGCUGAUUGGAGAACAUAAGGCUCAAGUAGAGGCAUUGAAGAAAAAGUCGAGGAGAAUUCGUGAGGAAGUGGAAGAAGAGAGGCAGAUGUUGAAGAUGGCUGAAAUUUUGCGUGAAGAACAAAUCCAAAUGAAGCUGGUUGAUGCAAAACUUGCUUUUGAAGAUAGGUAUAGUCAGAUGAACAAACUGAUAAAUGAUCUCCAGACUUUCCUGCGGUCCAGAGGUUCUACCCCGUAUGCAAACCCAAAGGCAUUAAGGAAAGCCAAGUCGAUCCAACAUGCAGUAAAAUCAAUGAAUAUUCAAGACAUCAAGGAAUUUUCGAAUGUGCCCUCGAAACCAGAGAACAUGUACUCGAAUCAUAGUGAUCAAAGAAAAGGUGAAGCUGAUGAGGGGGGAAUUGCAUCAUCCUCCAAAAUCCACACAAGUCCUAACAACAUCGCCUCUGUGAAUACGGAAACUGAAUGUGUCGAAACUGCAGAACAACGAUCUGAGAUUUGCUGGCCAUCAGCAGAGCAAUCAAAGAAGAAUGCACACCCGAGCAACGAUGAAUCCUCCGGGAUAAUGGUAGAAGAGUGUAAUGGUAAUGGGGCAGUUUCAAGUGAUGUAGCGGCACAAAGGAGGGCAACACAAGACUCCCCCAAUCCACACAUUGCUCGAGGAAUGAAAGGGCGGGUAGGUGUAGAACGGCCGCGAGCCACCCAUAAACAUAAACAAAAGUUGUUACUGGGAAACCAGAAAUCUCAAUUGCGCCACAUUUUUUAAUCAGUGAGACUUCGGUGAUGUGGGCUUCUCAUUUCUUAACAAAAUAAAAGCCCACCUCUUUAAAUUUGAGGGGAUCUUAAACCUGUUAAGUUGCCUCCUUUCUGGUAAUUCAGUUGAAAAAUUUCCUACCCGGUGGAUCAGAGGAAUUUCCUCCUCCUCUUGGAUCUAGCGAGUUAAAAGGUUUCUGUUUUUCCUAGGCAGUUGAGACCUGCAUAUAUCCACACCCUUGCACAAUUCAUUUAUAUACUAACAUAAUUGAGUAUAACAAUUCACGUACAGAUGGUACUGAUACCGUUGAGGUGUGGAACCGAUGCAAACGUUCGCGUGUUCUCGUUCCGACUCACUGUGGGCCCCUGGGGUCUUAUUCUAUGGAAAAAACCAGUAUCGUACGUGUCGGUUCCGUCACGAGAAAAAAAGACGUAGACAUCAAAGCCUAUGCGUUCUCUUUGUUUGCAUCAUG